CGCCCGAAGCGGAUCCCAGUCGCCGCUACUAGCUUUUACACGCCCUGAACCACCACACCCCCUCACCGGCGGCGGCUCCUUCAUCCUCCUCCACCGCAUCAGCGUCCCGGGAUCUCGGCUCGUAGGCGACCAUGUAUCGCAUCGCGGGGAGACACUUCCGUUCUCUCAAGCAUCAUGGUGCUAGUAGGUUUGCUAGCACAAGUAUUGUAAAACAGUCUUCGGGUGGUCUAUUGAGCUGGCUUCUUGGCGGAAACUCAAGCCAACUUCCCCCUCUUGAUGUUCCACUCUCAGGCAUUACGAUUCCUCCACCUCUACCAGAUUUUGUUGAGUUAUCCAAGACAAAAAUCACUACUCUUCCAAAUGGCAUCAAGAUUGCAUCUGAAACAUCACCGGGCUCGGCUGCAUCAGUCGGUUUGUACAUUGACUGUGGUUCUGUUUAUGAAACGGCCGCUUCAUCUGGAGCAUCACAUCUGUUGGAGAGAAUGGCCUUCAGGAGCACAACAAAUCGUAGUCACUUGCGGCUAGUACGUGAGGUAGAAGCCAUCGGAGGAAAUGUCUCUGCAUCUGCUUCCCGUGAACAAAUGAGCUACACUUAUGAUGCACUGAAGACUUAUGCACCGGAGAUGGUAGAAGUUCUCCUUGACAGUGUGAGGAAUCCAGCAUUUUUAGAAUGGGAGGUCAAAGAGCAGCUCCAGAAGAUAAAGUCUGAGAUAGCUGAAGUGUCUAGCAAUCCACAAGGUCUACUUUUGGAGGCACUUCAUUCGGCUGGAUAUUCUGGGGCAUUGGCGAAACCUCUGAUGGCUACAGAAUCUGCAAUAAAUAAAUUGGAUAUUAGUACCCUGGAGCAAUUUGUUCAUGAAAAUUACACUGCGUCCAGGAUGGUUCUUGCAGCAUCGGGAGUUGAGCAUGAUGUGUUGGUUUCAAUUGCGGAACCACUUCUAUCAGACCUUCCCAGUGUGAGACAUCUUGAAGAGCCAAAAUCAGUGUAUGUGGGAGGGGACUAUCGUUGCCAAGCAGAUUCUCCAAACACACAUAUUGCACUUGCUUUUGAGGUGCCAGGUGGCUGGCGCCAAGAGAAAACUGCAAUGAUUGUGACUGUGCUUCAGAUGCUCAUGGGAGGAGGAGGUUCCUUCUCUGUUGGCGGCCCUGGGAAGGGAAUGCACUCUCGAUUAUAUCUUCGUGUCUUGAACCAAUACGAACAGAUCGAAUCAUUCUCUGCUUUCAACAGUAUCUAUAACAAUUCAGGUCUUUUUGGAAUUCAUGCAGCCACUAGCCCAGAUUUUGCAUCGAAGGCUGUGGAUUUGGCAGCAGGGGAACUCCUGGAAGUUGCAACCCCUGGAAAAGUUACACAAGAACAGCUUGAUCGUGCUAAAGAGGCUACGAAGGCUGCCGUUCUGAUGAACUUGGAAUCAAGAAUCAUAGCAUCUGAAGAUAUUGGAAGACAGGUUCUGACUUAUGGGGAAAGGAAACCUAUCGAGUAUUUCGUGAAAGCUGUUGAGCAGACCACUCUGAAUGACAUCUCUUCAAUUGCCCAGAAAAUAAUUUCUUCACCACUUACAUUGGCGUCAUGGGGUGACGUUAUCCAUGUCCCGAGCUACGAGACUGUCAGCCGCAAGUUCCAUUCGUAGUGAGCAUUCAGCGCCAGGACCAUGUGUUCCAAGCUGUAGCCGUUCAAUGGCCCUCGGUUGGAACAAGUCAUUUUUUUCUUUUUUGUAGUUACAGAGAUCAAUAAUACGGUUUUGCGCAUGCCCUCUACCAUGCGACGCUUUGGCGGUUCCUAUAUCUGAUGGCACUGCUUGGUGAAUUAGUUGUUGGUAUAGACACCCUGUAUCACGCUUCCUGUAUACGUUUUCAUUCUGGGUCCAUUUUGACAUACUAGUGACCGUAAUUCUGGUGUCCUCAUGGUUGAACCCGUUUUCUUGCCA